AUGACGAUCAGUGUGCAGUGUGUGGUAGACAUGAGCAGGGAGCGGAGAUCACGCCCCCCUCACGCAAACUACAUGCGUCCCUCUGCGUCUAUAAAGAGCCGCGUGUGGACACUGUGUACCAUCCAUCCCAAACCCAACCCAGGCUGCAAGUCCCCAAGCUCUGCACAACUCCAGGUCCCAGAGCCGCGAGUCCCAACCUCAGACAUGAUCAUCAGACUGGGCCGACUGACUCCUGGAUACUUCCGCCUCCUCCAGAGGCAGGUCGCUGGUGAAAUCCAGACCCAGCCCCAGGACCGUGCUGUCAACCAGAUCGCCAUGAUGCUGGCCAUCAUGGGCCUGAGCCUGUCCUACUACAGCGCCAAGCAGAUGACGGAGAAGGUGCACUCCCAACAGUCUCCCUGA